CCCAUGAAUGUCCUCAACAGUGCCACAGCCAUGGAUGUUGACUGUCCCAUAGUCACCUUAAAACGAUCCAGCAGUGCUCCGAUGAUCAACGAAAUCAGUGCCACUAUGUCUGUUACCUCAACUUCUACCUCCACUCCGAGAGAUGCCGUUUCAAACUUCAACGUCUAUUCAAACUCGCCCCGCACCAGACGCUUCAGUACUAGCAGUCCUGGUGGUGGAAGUGCUCCACGUCUUACUCCAAGGGUGAGUCAGUUACGACAGGAAGAGAGUGUGGACGUAGCCGGUCGAGAAGCAGCCCAUGAAAAAGAGAUUCACAGUGCGAUACAGAUAUCCCAGUCAUGGGAAGACUUGACCCUUGAUGCGGAAGGGUCUUCUUUCAAAGAUGCAGAGUCGCCAAGUCAUCUGCCUAAUAAAAUGGACAGACAGAAUACUAAUAAGCGACCUUUUGAUCCUCUGAGUUUGAACCUAUCGAUAACUGGACCUCCACUCUGCUCUUCUCCCUCACCGACCAGAUCAGGACUUGGACACCGUCAGUGCUACUCACCUGGAAUUCAAUUUAACUGGAAAAACAAUCUUUCUCCUAGUCCUACUAGAAAAGCUUUUGCCACCAGGCGAAGUCUCAGUCCCAUAGCCAUCCGUGCCAGCUGCUUAGGACCGGUAAAAAGAAAGUUUGAAUUAGAUGACAGCAAUGGAGAUCAACACUUGCAACCACCAGCCAAACGAACUUCCAGCUUAGUUAUUUCACACUCCAACAGGCUCGAAGGUAUAUCCAGUCCACUGCCAGGAUCAAUCAGUUCUGUAGGCACGCCUGAAUCUUUAUCAAGUGCAGAUUCGCCAAACUUUUCUUUUCGACCUGUGGACAGUCCAUCUCCUGGUAGAAUGUUAUCAAGCGGGGAUGAGCCAAUGUCUGAUUCAUCUGGUGAUCAAACCAAAGCAUCAGAUCACAUGCAAUUAAAUAAUACAGGUCAGCAUGAUCAGAGGUGAAUGAAUCAGAGUGUCUUACAAAUGGUGUGAACACGUCGACCUUAAAACCUUCAUGUUCUGUAUAAUAGCGCAGUCUAGAGAUCGCUUUGGCCGUGUAAUAUUAGAAACGAUAAAUAAGCACUAUGCUGAUUGCUACUUGCCCAAAGGUGCCACAGCUGAACGCAGAUAAAUAAUUCAGUAACAGUAUGAAUUUGAGAUGAAUUGCAGAGUUUCUCAGACUCGGAUCAUGAAUUCUGAUUGAACAAUUAGCCACAUGAAUUUUUUUGGAUCUUUUUAUGAUCGAUGACAAAUGUCACGGAUUUUUGCCAAAUAGUUAUAACAAUGGACGACAUUAUUAAAACUUUUUAAUUAAUUUCCUGAUCUGUAAUUAUUAUUUGUAUGACUGGUAUGUAAUAUACGUUUGAGUCUGAGGAACUUUUUUCUCUCAUGAUUAACUUGACGUUCAACCACCAUACAGUUUAAAAUAGGUAUAUGUAUGAAACUAGUCUGGAUAAUUCUAGUGAAUUUGUAGAUAUUCGUGGAGAGAUAUUUUAAUUGUACAUAAAAUCCAACGGAAGUAAUCUUUCGCUUGUCACGAUUCAAUUUUAACUGGGAAAAUUGCAUAAUAAAGCUCGUUGUCGAGAACCUUUGUGAAUUACAAUAAGGCAAACUCGACAAAGUAAAUAUAUUAGUUGUGUCCUAUUUCAAAGACUGAAAUGAAAGGUGUUCAGCAGCAAAUAUUCUAUAUAGAAUUUGAUACUUCAAUCGCAUCUUCCGACAAACACAAUGCAAAGCCGUAAACUGACGACAAACUAUUUUGCCGGGUUCAUUUUCAUUGUGCUGUUUCUGUUCGGUGAACAGUUCACAAGUAAGUCUGUGUUCUUCUGUGGAAGGUAUGCUAUCCAUCCAAUAUUGUUGUAUCCCGGCAUACAUAUGUAUACAGUAGGCUAAGUAUGUGCAAGGAUUUUUCCAUUGGUAUACAAAUAGAAGCGAAUAACUGCGUUCAGAGAAUAUUCGAUAUCCUAAUAAUAAAUCACUAUAAUGACUAUAGAUUUAAUUUAACUUCGUUGAAAUAGCUCGUAGAUGAAGCAGAUGUAAAAUAGCAAUGGUUAAGCAUGUAAAUUAUUUCCUCUCUUAGUAAUAAUAACAAAUAAGUACACAAACCUCAGUCAUAACUGAAGUAGUUAGACAGAACGCGAGAAGAAAUAGGUUGGUACCAUUCGAAAUUUUCAGCAGGCCUAGUCGACGAAUGCUUUCUUUUUGGGUCAACAUUUUUUAGCAGUCUCGGAACAACACGUUGAUGCGAACAAAUAUCUUCCUAGUAUUUUCAUUGUUAAAGUGUCCGGAGCGGGCGUGACACGUUAAGCCAGACUACACAUUUUCGGUCUUAUUUUCACCCCUCUGAAAAAAUUAUUGAUAAUGGUCCUACAGUUCCGGGAGUCAAAACUUUUUUAGGAAAUUUCCUCAUCCUUUUGAAUUUUUUUGAAAAAUGUAAAAAAUCUCAAUCAGUUUUCAAGAUAUUCGCAAAAAACCAAGCCCCCGUUCUUUUUUGGACUCAAUUGUUUAUAACUUUUGCAAUUUUCGUAAGCGGACCUUGAUUUUUUUCAAAAAUUAUCUACGUGUUGUUCCGAAUCGAAUGACAUCUCGUCGAUAUUUUUCCGAGACUGCUAAGAAAUGUUGUCCCAAAAAGAAAGCACUCGUCGACUAGGCCUGUUGAAAAUUUCGAUUGGUCCCAACGUAUUUCUCUUCGCGUUCUGUCUAACCACUUCAGUUAUGACUGAGGUUUGUGUACCUGCUAUUGUGUAACAAAAUAUACUGGUUAUGUAACAAAUCUUUAUCUUUUUAAAUAUAACCAACUUUACUCGUA